AUGGCGAGUUCUGACAAAAAGCAGUCAUUCGACGACCUCGUCGCGCUGCUGCAAGAUGCUCUUCAUCGGGACAGCCAGACUCUCAGCACGAGUCAAGAAGAUCUCGCACGAUCAGAGUCUAAACUUACAAAGGUGCUCGUUGGGCUUCGUCGCCGCUUCAACGCCCUCGCGCCGAUCGAUAGACUCCCCCCUGAGAUCCUCAGCAUCAUCUUCCAUGAAGUGGUUCUUUCCGCCGAUAGCGACGGGAUGACCAGACUCUACAACAGGGUAGAUGCAUGUGUACAGAUGGGUCCCGUCCUCAUAUUGUCCUACGUCUCUAGCAGGUGGCGCACCCUUGCACUGAAGACACCUUCCCUCUGGACGCGCGCCGACAAUCGAAAUGAGGCGCAGCUCGAUGCGUUUCUGGAGCGCUCACAAGUGAUGCCACUGUCGCUCCAUCUGCUUACUGAAGAUCCCAAGCAUAUGGAUCGACUUCUAGCGGUGCAGGGCUACCGAAUCCGGCGGCUAGAUCUCACCGAAUAUCCGGAUUGGAUAUGUCCUCCGACGUGUCUGAGUUUCAGAGCACCCCUCCUUGACUGUCUGACCGUCUCCUCCGAGUGCGAUCUCAUCCACGACUUGGACAAUGCCGAAUCAACCAGCCCUUUCCUCUUCGGAGAACGUAUCACCAAUCUCAAGGCAUUCGCCCUCCAACCGGUCUGCAUGUGGCUUCCAGGGAACUACUUCCCGUACCUGACCCACCUCUACCUCUCCAACUUCAAAGGACGCAUGCUGCAUGGUAACACCAUCCACCAUCUGACCCUCCUACUGUCGAACAAUCCGCUCCUCAAAUACUUUCAUCUCACACAACUUCCGAAACUUGUCUCUACUCUCGCGUCUACUGCUAGUGCCAGUGUCGUCCUCAGCUCACUUCGUGCCAUCACGUGCGAUGACAGUGAUCUGGGCGCUGCACUCUCACUCCUUGAGCACCUCGAGCUCCCUGAAGAUGCUUUGGUCCGCUUGGACUCCCUGUACUGCGGCAGUGAUCCUUCACCUCCAUGA